AUGGCCGAACCCCCAGCAAAGCGCCUGCGCGCCACCCCUCGCAAGAACGACGCCGACGAAGCACAGGAAAAUGACACGACUCCGUACACUGGCCUCCGCCAACUCGCCAGCAACCUCCGCGAUACCACCAACACGCCCCAAGGCCCGCCAAGCGCCUACCGCACCGCCAACCGCACCCCCGGCACCGCGUCGCGCACGCCGCGGACCGGCAUCCGCCAGCGCCAGUUCCCUGCCAGGGUCGGCCCGCCCACCACGCCGCAUGCGAUCCGGGCCCUGCAGGCGCGGCGCGACGCCGAUCGCGCGAGCGGCAGCAAGAGGCGGCGGAGCGGGCUCCAGGCCCGCGAGACGCCGCGCGACUUUCUGAGGGCGCUGAGUCGGAUCAUUCGACCCACUCCCGUGCCUUCGAAUAAGCCUACCCCGCGGGCUCGCCCCUCCCUCAGCGAUGACUUUGACGAGGGCCCCGAUCCGGGCCCCAGGCCGCGCCUGUCGAUGCCGAUAAGCAAGGACGAAAUCGACGAUGACAGCUUCCACGAGGCGCCGCCGCGGAUGUCGCUCGCGCUCGAAGACAUCGACAUGGACGGGGGGAACACGACGAUGCACUCGGUCGAGGGCAUGCGGCGCGCCGUGAGCGAAGACCCGACCCUGCGCUCGCGGCUAUCACUAGGGCGCAUGCGGCUGAGCGAGCGCUUCGGCGGCAUGGAGGAGCUGGGCGAGGAGGCCGACGAGGGCGACAUGCUGAGCUAUGCUGACGACGAUGACGGCGGCCCGCUCAUCUUCGACGACCCGGAUAACCCGCUCGAGGAGGAGAUCACGACGCGCUUCGGCGACGACACCACGCAGGAGCUGCGCGCCAUGUUGGCUGCGCGCCGGCGAUCGCGCAUGAGCGACCUGGGGCUGGCGACUCGCUCGGAUGACUUGGACGAGGAACCCACGUUUAGAUUCGUCAUGUCCCAGGCCGAGCGCGAUCCCUCGGCCAUGCCGCCCGGGUUCGGCGACGACAUCGACGAUGAAGGAGCAGCAGUGGGGGAAGAAGGGGAAGAGGAGGAGGAGGAAGAAGGCGCGCCCCAGGACGAAACCGUACGCACGCGAUUUUCACUCAACGAGAUCGACGCCGAAGCCGGCGCAGAAGUGGAAGCAGAAGAGUACGAAGACGUCGAGCCACAAGAAGACGAAGAGGCCGAGCCCUCGCCCGACGCAGACCUAGGCACCGACGCCGAAAAAGAAGAAGAAGAAGAAGAAGACGCAACAAUAACACGGCGCCUGCGCGGUUCCCCCACCCCCGCCGACGCAGACGCAGACACGACCACGGCUCCAGGCCAGCAGCAAAAGCGCAAGCGCGCGCUGCCCAAGCUCUCCCGCUUCGGCACGCCCUACCCGGCACUCCCCGCCAGCACGGUCAAGCGCGUGGCGACGACGUUUGCGCGCCUGCACGGCGGCGGCGGCGGCAAGCUCAGCCGCGAGACGCUGGACGCGGUGGCGCUGGCGUCGGAGUGGUUCUUUGAGCAGGUGGGCGAGGACCUGGGCGCUUAUGCGGGGCAUGCGGGGCGCAGGACGAUUGAGGAGGCGGACGUGGUUGCGUUGAUGAAUAGACAACGCCAGAUCUCGGCCUCAACCACACCCUUUUCGCUCGCGCAAAAAUACCUUCCUCGCGAGCUGCUGCAGGAAGUGCGCAUGCCGCGCGCGGCGCCCAAGGCCAGGAAGAAGCGGCGCCGUGGGAAGAUGGAGACGAUUGAGGAGGGGGAGGUGGAGGAGGUGGAGGAGGAGGAAGCGGGCGGCGAUGCGUAG